AUGCUCAGAUUAUCCUCAAACUCCUCAGAUUAUCCUCAAACUCCUCAGAUUAUCCUCAGACUACUCCUCAAACUCCUCAGUCUAAUCCUCAGACUCCUCCUCAGAUUAUCCUCAAACUCCUCAGACUACUCCUCAAGCUCCUCAGACUACUCCUCGGUCUAA